UUAACAGUUUGCAAGGUGUUUUCAUGCCCUAAUGUCAUUGCAGCCUUUGCAACAGCCCUGUCAGUGGCCAUCAAUGCCCCCAUUCCACGCAGGAGCAAGCCGAGGCUCUCAGAUCCGCAGCUGCUUCGGGAUUAGAACUCGUACCCCUGAGGCAACUCCAGGCUCCUCCCCCGGCCGCCCUUCCUCCACGCUGCCUCUGGCCGUGCUCACCACAAGCCUCACUGAGGCUACAGAGCUAGGCUUGGCUCCGACCUCGUUCCUCCUCUGCUGUGGGUCUUGGGCACGAGGGGCCAGACCCCCACGGUGGCAGCGCCGCUGAGCUGACUGAGGGCACAGCCCCCAGAGCUGUGAGUAGGCACCAUGGACUGGAAGAAGCUCCAGGACCUAUUGAGCGGAGUGAACCAGUACUCCACAGCAUUUGGGCGCAUCUGGCUGUCGGUAGUGUUCGUCUUCCGGGUGCUGGUGUACGUGGUGGCGGCUGAGCGUGUGUGGGGUGACGAGCAAAAAGACUUUGAUUGUAACACCAGGCAGCCUGGCUGUACCAACGUGUGCUAUGACAACUUCUUCCCCAUCUCCAACAUCCGCCUCUGGGCCCUGCAGCUCAUCUUCGUCACGUGUCCCUCCAUGUUGGUCAUCCUGCACGUAGCCUACCGCGAGGAGCGGGAACGGAAGCAUCGCCUGAAGCAUGGGGAGCAGUGUGCCAAGCUGUACAGCCACCCCGGCAAGAAGCACGGCGGCCUGUGGUGGACCUACCUGCUCAGCCUCAUCUUCAAGCUCAUCAUUGAAUUGGUCUUCCUGUAUGUCCUACACAGGCUCUGGCAUGGCUUUACCAUGCCACGUCUGGUACAGUGUGCCAGUGUGGUACCCUGCCCCAACACCGUGGAUUGCUACAUCGCUCGGCCCACGGAGAAGAAGGUCUUCACCUACUUCAUGGUAGGCGCCUCGGCCGUCUGCAUCGUGCUCACCAUCUGUGAGAUCUGCUACCUCAUCUUCCACAGGGUUAUGCGAGGCCUGAGCAAGGUCAAGUCUACAAAGAGCAGCAGCUCCCCGAAGUCCUCCAGCCGAGCCUCCACCUGCCGCUGUCACCACAAGCUUCUGGAGAGUGGGGAUCUGGAACCAGACCCAGUCCCAGUCGACACCAAGCCGCAGGCCUCAGCGCCCAGCCUAACCCCCAUUUGAACCGCGCCCCUGGAGACGGAGUGAAGCAGGGAGGCGCUGCAGGU